AUAAAAUAAAACAGAGUUCAACCGAGGAAAAAAAAAACAUGUCAGCUGCCUGAAUGAAACCAAAUCUAACAUACUACUAUAGCAUAUACAUACAUUGAUACACAUGAACAUACACAUAACAUACCAAACAGGAAAAAAUUCAACAAAAUUAUGUUAGUUAGGUACCAUAGAAUAAUAAUGGUCCAAGGUAGAACCAAAGUGUUGUUGUACCUUCCUCACUAGAUCUCAUCUCAACUAUUUCUCAUAUCUUUUUCUUGUAUAACAGAACCUCCCAUUUCAUUGUACAUUACAUAUUCUUACCUGUCUUAUAAGGUAAUUACAACAUCAAGUAAUUCCCUUGUCUUUCAUAUAUAUACUUUACUUUGUCCCCAAAAUCUACAACACUUUCUAAACUAUUACUCAAAAUCAACCCAUCAUUUAACUCCUCUCAAAACCCAAAACCAAAACAUUGUUACACACAUUUGCAACAUCAUUCAAAAACCAUAAUGAGAUGCACCAUUUUCACAAACCCAUUUCUCAAAAUUCUCAGUUUCAUCAUUCUACAAACUCUACCACUCAUAACACAAACAAAAAUGCUAACUUUACCACUCAAAUCACAAGUUAUUCCAUCUGGGUAUCUUCCAAGACCACCAAACAAGCUUCGUUUUCAUCACAAUGUUAGUCUUACAGUUUCAAUUACUGUUGGCACCCCCCCACAAAACGUGUCAUUAGUAAUUGACACAGGAAGUGAACUUUCAUGGCUUCAUUGUAACAAUACAACAAACCGGGUUUCACCUGACCCGUUUUUUAACCCGAAUUUUUCUUCUUCCUAUAAGCCAGUUCCUUGUUCUUCAACUACUUGCACGACCCGAACCCGAGAUUUUCCCAUACCCGCUUCAUGUGACUCAAAUAAUCUCUGCCAUGCUACUCUAUCAUAUGCAGAUUUUUCUUCCUCUGAAGGGAACCUUGCUUUUGAUACAUUUGGGUUUGGAGGAUCCGAUAACCCGGGUAUUGUAUUCGGGUGUAUGGAAUCGAGCAUUAGCACAAACUCCGAUGGAGAUGCCAAUGCAACCGGGUUAAUGGGUAUGAAUCUCGGGUCACUUUCAUUUGUUUCUCAGCUCAAGAUACCCAAAUUCUCGUAUUGUAUAUCGGGUUCGGAUUUCUCAGGUAUUUUACUUCUCGGAGGAUCCAAUUUCUCGUGGACUGGGUCGUUGAAUUAUACUCCUUUAGUUCAAAUAUCCACUCCUUUACCUUAUUUUGAUCGGGCUGCGUAUACGAUCCGACUCAUGGAAAUUAGGGUUUCGAAUAAAUCACUUAAUUUGUCAGAAAGUGUGCUCGUUCCAGAUCAUACUGGAGCGGGCCAAACUAUGUUUGAUUUGGGUACUCAAUUUACAUUUUUACUUGGGCCUGUUUAUAGUGCAUUGAAAGAAGAGUUUCUUAAUCAAACAAAUAGUACAUUACGAGUGUUGGACGAUCCAAAUUUUGCAUUUGAAGUAGGAAUGGAUCUUUGUUUUCGGGUUCCAUUGAACCAAUCAAAAUUACCCGAGAUUCCGAGUGUUAGUUUGGUUUUCGAUGGAGCUGAGAUGAGGGUUUCGGGCGAACAACUUUUAUAUCGAGUACCUGGUCGAGUCGUAGGGAAUGAUUCGGUGUAUUGCUUCACAUUUGGGAACUCAGAUCUACUAGGUGUAGAGUCAUUCAUCAUUGGACAUCAUCAACAACAAAAUAUGUGGAUGGAAUUUGAUCUUGUGAAAUCUAGGAUUGGAUUGGCUCAUGUACGUUGUGAUUUGGUGAGCCAAAAAGUGUUGGGCUUGGGAUAGUUAGGCCUACAUACUUGAUUGAGGUGUGGUCACAAUUAAACAAAUUUAAAGAAAUUAAGAGAUGUUUUCUCUCUAGGUCUCCCAUGUAUCUUUUAUACCCCAAAUAUUCUAAUUUUGCCCUUGCUAAAAACUUCGGUUUCUGUAAACCGAAGUUUUUUCUAGUUCAAAUUCAGGAAAAAUUCGGUUAACAGAAACCAAAUUUUUUUUUCAAGGCAAAAAAAUUUCAGUUCGUAGCAACCAAAAUUUUUAUUGAAGAGCAAAAAAGUAAAUUUCAAGGAGGAAAAAGAACCAUGAGGGGCCUAAAGAAAAAACAUCAAUUAAAGAUCAUUCAAUUUUUGGAGGUGGUCCAUUUCUUUCGUGCAUUUUUUUUAUAGAAAAAAUUUAGAAUAAAGAGAUAGUAUCACACUUUAAAAUAGUAGAAAAGACCUUAAACUUAAAAAAUAUUUACAAAUAAAUAUAUUUACAUCUCUAAACCUUCAUGCAAUUUUAAUGAGAGGUUCAUGAUACAAGUGAAAUUAGGAGUUAACUUUUGAGAGAGUUUAUGGAUAAGAACUGAAGAUUAUUAAUGAUCAGCUCAUGGUUCAUACAUCAAAUUAAAUAUGUUGUUAUUAUUUGAAGA